AUGCCGAAAAUUAGUAGUAGUCAUUGUUCCAAAAUAAAGUGUUGGAUCGAAAAAUAUCCAGAAUUAAAAACAGAAGGCAAAAUUAUAUUUUGCACGUCGUGCAAUAAGGCUAUUGGUUGUGAACGUAAAUCACAAGUUGAUGCACACUGUAAUUCAACUGUGCAUCAACAAAUGACUGCUGCUAAAAAAAAUAAGCGUAAUCCGGUACAAAUGUUAAUACCUGAAACCACCUCAGCCAUGGCUAGUCGAAAUGAAUUUUUAAUAGACAUGUGUUAUGCCUUGGUAGCCACAAAUAUUCCUUUCAAUAAACUUCAGUCGACACCAUUUAAGAAUUGUUUACAAAAAUAUGUUAAUCAGAAUAUUCCAGAUGAAAACGAAACGACUGAUUCUAGAGGGCUGUAUAUUUGUAGUUUAAUUGUUGGGAUACUUCAUCAAGAAAUAAUGCCUACUUCAUUCCUAAUUUCUUGCAAAGAAUUGAAUAAAACCAAUUAUGAAACGGUUUCUCGAUUUGUGAAUGAUAGUUUAAUGGAAUUUUUCGGAGACACGUUAUUUCAAGACAAAAUUCUGCUGUUUAUUAGCAAUGCGGCGCCAUAUAUGAUAAAAACUGGAGGAGCAUUAAAAAUAUUUUAUUCUAAUAUGAUUCAUAUAACUUGUGUUGCUCAUGGCUUAAACCGCGUGGCCGAAAAAGUUAGAGACAUUUUCCCGGGUAUAAAUAAACUAGUAAAUAAUGGAAAAAAAAUGUUUUUAAAAGCACCUCAUCGUAUUACUGCUUAUAAAAAUUUUAUGGACUGUCGCCUUCCUCCAGAACCUGUAAUAACAAGGUGGGGAACAUGGUUGGAAGCUGCUUUGUUUUACUCUGAAAAUUUCAGUAAAUUUAAAGAAUUGGUAUCUAAUAUAGAAGAUGACGCCCAAUCUGUCCAAAAAGUAAAAUCCAUUUUGAGUACUACAUCAAUUAUAUCUGAUUUAACAUUUAUUCGAACACAUUUAUUUAAAAAAAGAUCCUGCGCUAAAGAGUUAAAUAAUAUACCGAUUGAAGAGCUGAAGAAUAAAAAAAAUUCAAUAAUGGCAACAUUUCGCGGACAUUAGAAAAAAAAGGCGUCCAUUAGAUCAGGAGCUGGACAAAAUGAGGUUUAUCAGCCAAUAUGGUUUUUAUUCAACCAGAUCGAGAGUUUUUUAGGGAAUAUUAAUGAUUGUAACGCUACGAUUAAUACUGAACAGGAGUAUAAUUCAGGAAUUAUCCGUGAGAUUGGAGAAGAUGAAAAUAGUAAUGGUAAUGAAACAACCUUAUCAAACACCCUCAAUCAUGAAAACCUAAUAGAAAAGCAAACCAUAAGAGAAAACCACACCAUAAGAAAAACCAAACCUCGACGACGAGGUACUUCUAUCGAGUUAGAUGAAGCUGGAAAAAAGAUGAAACGGGCAUUUAGUACAUUAGAAAAUUGUAUCAAUAAUAGAAAAGAGGAGGACGAGUACGAUUAUUAUGCAAAGAUACUAGUAAAAAAAAUACGUAAGCUACCAGAAAACGAACGUGAAGUAUUCAUGUAUGAAGUUGAUGGACUGUAUAUUGAUUUCUUACGUCGUUCAAACAAUCAAUCAUCAACUUCACGCUCCACAACACCAAUAUUUGGAAAAAAUAUUCAAAGCCGACCACCACCUUCAUGCACCUCAACACCAAUACUUGGAACAAGUAUUCAAAGCCGACCACCACCUUCAUGCACCUCAACACCAAUACUUGGAACAAGUAUUCAAAGCCGACCACCAUCUUCACUUGCUUCUUAUUCUGAACCUGAAAUUAUAAUUUCAAGUUAUCCGCAAAGUGCUGAGUACUCUAUUUCCAAUCCUUCUUCACCUGCAGUAAUACAGCAUAGAACAUAUUCUAAUCCUCAGUACUCUAAUCCUCUCUAUUCAGAACAACUGUCUAGCCCUAGUCAUGUAACUGAUAUAAAUCUACCAACUAACUCAAACAUAAUAAGUCAAGCAUUUUACAUUGCUCAUGAAGAUGAAGAAUAUUGA